CAAGGUUAAAUGAUCGACGCCAAGAACUUUAAGAAACGGUCAACUAGCAAAGGCGGGACAGACGCGUUCUAGCGGUGGCGAGGCUAAAAUCCACAGCACGGCCUCUAAAGCAUCUUAGGGAUAAAUAAUAAAUCCUGAUUCGACCAGCCGCGGCCUGAAGGCAUCGUAGGCCUCUGUUCCGACCACAAGACAUGCGCAUACGGUGUUCCCUCUGAAACACAUCAAACACCCGAGCGUGGACAUCACAAUUUUGAAGCCGUCUACACCCAACUCGACUGGUGGAUCUCCAGCUUGUGGACCUAAACGUCGUCUUGGUGGGGGAGUUCGAACGCGACCCUACUAUUUCACCACCCAAAGCCGCUCUACACUCAACCCCUCUCGAGUACCUGACACGAUUCAGCACCCAUCACCACGAACACGACGGCACGAUGGAGGACCAGCUGGUUCAGGUGCUGGCCAACACGCAGCUCGCUGCGGAGGGGCCGCGCAAACAGGCCGAACUCGAUCUGAAACAUGUCGAAACGAAUCCUGCCUUUCCUCUGUCCCUUGCCAACAUCGGAAGUCAUAGCUCCAUUGCCCUCGAGGUCCGACAAGCCGCAUUGUUGAAUCUGCGUCUGUUUAUUGAGAGAAACUGGAGUGGCGAAAGCGACGAGGGCCCUGUCAUACCCAUCUCAGAUGCCGUCAAAGAACAGAUGCGCCCCGUCGUUCUUGACCUUGCCUUGGGCUCAGAAGACGACCGCAAAAUCAAGACGGCAGCCAGUUAUGUUGUUGGCAAAAUCGCCAAUGUCGAUUUUCCAGACCAUUGGCCGACGUUACUCCCCACCCUCCUCAACGUCAUCGCCACGGGUACAGAUGGCCAAUUGCAUGGAGCUCUCAAAGUCCUCUCCGACCUAGUUGGGGAUUGCCUGAGUGACGACCAGUUUUUUACCAUGGCACGGAGCAUUGUGGAGGUCGUAUACAAUGUCGCUUUGAAUGAGUCUAGGAAGCCUAUUCUCCGCGCUCUGGCCGUUUCCGUCUUCCGGGGUUGCUUCGAUCUCUUCGAUAUUGUCAAAGACGACCAUCCCGAGGAAGUGAAGGGCUUCGCACAAGAGGCACUUGCGGGCUGGUUUGAAUUCUUUUUGCAGAUAAUGAAGGUCCCGCUGCCCCCGCACGACGGUUCGUCUAAUAAUCAACCCGAGAGCUGGAACGGAAUCGUCGCAUUGAAGCUCCAGGUAGUGAAGUGUCUACUCAAGAUCAGAAACGUAUUCUCAAAUAUGUUGCUGCCACGCGUUUCCGAGUUCUUCGACGCUGCCUGGGAGGAGCUUUCGCUUUUAGAGGGACCUCACGAGCACAUGUACAUCGAGAACGAUGCUCAAGGGCGGUUGGAGGAUUCCGAUGGCCUUCCAUAUACCUUGGACUUCCUCGUACUGGAGGAACUCGACUUCCUCAAAGAAUGUCUCAAGGCGUCACCGGUGCAGAAGAAGUUAGAGGCACAACUUGACGCGUACGCCGCAGCACACGAGACGCCCUGGGUGUUGAACCUUAUGAGAGUUGCGACGUCCUAUGCACGCAUCCCUCGGGAGGAUGAAGAUCUGUGGGAAAUCGAUUCAGGCUUGUAUCUGGCCGAAGAAACCUCUGUCAGCGCAAACUACACACCCCGCACUGCCUGUGGCGAUCUUGUCAUCAAGCUGGGCGAGUGGCAGAAGCAGCGGGCCCUCGAGGGCUUAUUCGCCUACACCAAAACGUUAUUCAUAGGUGAGGCCACAUCGUGGAGAAGACAGGAAGCCGCCCUCUUCUUGCUUAACAUGCUAGUGAGCGACUUCUUGGAUUGCGACAAGCCCGUUUCCGAGGAGAUCGUACAAGCAUACCUAGAGUUGGUCAACUAUACCAUCAACGCCGCCGAGCCCCUUCUGCGUGCUCGGGGCUAUCUUGUAGGCGGCUUGCUUGUCCAGUGUAGCAAGAUAGCCGCAGGCUUGUUUGAUCGUACUGUCGACGCCAUCACCUCAGGUGAUUCCGACCUUGUUCAGCUGGCAUGUAUCAAGGCUGCCGAGGGAUUUAUCAGGAGCAACAACGUUGAUCGGUCAAGUCAAGCAAAGGUGGUUGGCGCCGUUUCACAGUGGAUCCAAGGCAAGGACAUGACAGAGGUCGCAGAAUCAGACGAUACUCUGGUGACUUUGGCCGAGACUCUGCGCGCCGCAAUCAACCUAGACAUGAGCAUAGCCGUGUCAACCGAGGUGCCAGCUCUGGAUCUCCUGUUCCUCAUUGCGAAGCAUGGAGCCACCAACUGGCAGACUACGAUGCUCAUCUGUGAGACGUUCGAGGAUGUGGUCCAGACGAUGCGUGAUGCUAGUUCCUAUCAAGCUCUCUGCGCAAAGGUUCUACCGACUUUAACGGGUGCAUUCGAUGUUGCUAAUGUCACAGAAGAUAACCCCUUGGUUACGUUCGCGACGGAGUUGAUGGCCUCUUUGACUCAAUAUGGCUCAACACCACUUCCUCCCGGAUUUGUUGCGGCAUCGCUGCCGAAACUGACACGCCUUCUCAUGGAGUCGGGCGAAGGUGAAGUCCUUCGACCUGGUGCCGAGUCCGUGAAAUAUCUCCUCUCGCAUGAUCACCAACAAGUUUUCAGCUACCACGACGAGAACGGCCGUACCGGACUGGAGGUUUGCCUUCAUAUCAUUGACCGUCUACUGGGUCCGGAAAUCGAGGACAACGCCGCCUCAGAAGUUGGCGGUCUAGCUGCUGAGCUGGUUUUAGCAGCUGGCCCUGAGCGACUCGGCCCCUUCCUGCCUCAAUUACUUCAAGCUGUUGCCAACAGAUUGGCCACCGCACGGGCUGCUCCUUUCAUCCAAUCACUGAUUUUGGUCUUUGCGAGACUGUCUCUUGACAGCGUUCAAGACGUGGUGGAGUUCCUCAGCACAAUCCAAAUUGAAGGUCAAAAUGGACUGCAAGUUGUACUGAGCAAGUGGCUGGAGAACUCCGUGAGCUUCGCCGGCUACGAUGAGAUCCGUCAGAACGUUAUUGCCCUUUCCAAGCUGUACAGCCUGGGUGACGCCCGUGUCGCACAGACCAUGGUAAAAGGCGACCUCAUUGUUCCCGUCAGUAACCGCAUCAUGACGAGAUCAAGAACGAAGCAAACGCCUGACCAGUACACAAUCAUCCCUGCCCCUCUCAAAAUUCUCAAGGUUCUAGUUGAAGAGCUCAUGUCCGCCUCGGGCAUCCAGAGCGCCGCCGUCGCCGCUGCUGCUGCCGCGGCCGAGUUUGCAGAUGAAGAUGACGGCGAGGACGGUUGGGAAGAUGACCCGGACACAGUCGAUUUGUCGUUUGGUGGAACCAAGACGGAUCUUAUGGGCUUCUUGGAGUCAAGCAACAUGCGCAACCGCGACGACGAAGCGCAAACUUACCUCACCGAAUUCUUCUUGAAGUCUGCGCGGGACAACACGGCUGACUUUAAGAACUGGUACGAGGCGCUGACGGAGGAGGAAAAGUCCAAGCUGAAUCAAUUGGCCAAUGAGCAGGCCUAGACGCCAUGAUUCCCUGCUUGCCCGUCCUUCGAUCAAGCUAAAAACACCAUUGGGGUCUAUACCGAAGCUGGGACGCAGUUCGAUGGUGAAUCGGUUACCAAAUGGAUCAUGCGAUAUGAUACCGGUGCGGUUGGAUGAGUAAGCAAGCAUACUCUACCGCCUCCGCGUCGCCUCGUCCCCGCCACUACUUACCUAUGAGGCCAUACAGUAGAUAGAUUAGUUUCACAACGCCCAAGAUGCCGGGUUUGAUGGAAGGAAGAUGACCAACAAAGUUGACCAAGGUGCCGCUGUAGACAUAACGGUCGCUGGUCUAGCUAGUGGUCGAGACGUGGUAUUAUACUUCAACGUAGUGAUGAGAUAAAUUUAUAGUACGAAAUAUAUGACUUUAUUCUUGA